UCGUUUAUACUGUCUACUUCCUCUCUGUUCUCUGAAGCUUGGCCCGGCCCCGGUGUGGGUCACUGCGGGUCUCUGCGGGUCUCUGCGGGUCACUGGGUGAAUGUCAUGCCUAAACUGUAUGUGGGGAACCUGAGCUCGUCUGUCACGACGGAGGAUCUGCAGCGGCUCUUCCACCAGAGGAAGCUGCCCAAAGCCCAUCAGGUCCAGCUCAGACAGGGACAUGCUUUCGUGGACUUUCCUGACCACAACUGGGCCAUAAAGGCAAUAGAAACACUGUCCGGGAAGGCGGAGCUGGACGGGAAGGUGAUUGAGGUGGACUACGCCGUCCCCAAAAAGCUGAGGAGUCGGAGAAUUCAGAUCCGGAACAUUCCUCCUCAUCUACAUUGGGAAGUGCUGGACGGUCUGUUAGCUCAGUAUGGUACUGUAGAGAACGUGGAACAAGUAAACACUGAUACAGAAGCUGCUGUGGUGAAUGUCACAUACUCUACGAAAGAGGAGGCUAAAAUAGCGGUGGAGAAGCUCUCAAGACACCAGUGUGAGGAUUACUGGUUUAGAGUCUCCUACAUUUUGGAAAUGGACGCUGCCCCCUCACCGCCCUCACGCAGGCAACGCAGGCGAGGGUCCCGGUCGCAGGACCCCCAGCCUGGACCCUCUGUGAGUCCUUUGGGGUCCCAGAACAAGCCACCAGACCUCCCCUUGCGUAUUCUGGUGCCUACACAGUUCGUAGGAGCGAUCAUCGGCAAAGAGGGGCUGACCAUCAAAAACCUCACCAGACAGACACAGUCCAGGGUGGAUAUCCACCGUAAGGAGAACGCAAGAGCAGCAGAGAAACCCAUCACCAUCCAUUCCACCCCGGAGGGCUGUUCCGCUGCCUGCCGCAUGAUCCUCGAAAUCAUGCAGAAAGAAGCCUACGACACCAAGGUGUCGGAGGAGAUCCCUCUGAAGAUCCUCACCCAUAACAGUUUGGUGGGGAGGCUGAUAGGGAAGGAGGGGAGGAACCUGAAGAGGAUUGAGGAGGAGAGCGGGUCCAAGAUCACCAUCUCAUCUUUACAGGACCUGACGCUGUAUAACCCAGACAGGACCAUCAUGGUGAGGGGCAGUGUGGACACGUGCUGCAGGGCUGAGGUGGAGAUCAUGAAGAAGCUGAGGGAGGCGUUCAAGAACGACGCCUCUGUUAAUCAGUCGUCCGGUCUGAUCCCGGGACUGAGCCUCAGCACUCAGGGCAUCUUCUCCUCCGGGCUCUCCAUGCUGCCCUCGACCUCCGGCCCCCACGGGACCCCCAGCUCACCACAGACCCUACACACCGCCUACAGCCCCUUCAGGGGUCACUCAGCUCCUCUGGGGGGGCUGUACGGGGUCUCACCAACUGCUCCUCACGCUCAGCUGCACACUGCUCCUGAGCAGGAGGUGGUCUACCUCUUCAUCCCCACACAGGCGGUGGGCGCGCUGAUUGGGAAGAAAGGACAGCACAUCAAACAGCUCGCCCGAUUCGCCAGGGCAUCCAUAAAGAUUGCUCCAGCGGAGAGUCCAGAUGUUACAGAGAGAAUGGUCAUCAUCACUGGACCUCCUGAAGCUCAGUUUAAGGCUCAGGGGAGGAUAUUUGGGAAGCUGAAGGAGGAGAACUUUUUCUCAUCAAAGGAGGAAGUGAAACUGGAGACACAUAUCAAAGUACCCUCAUCAGCAGCUGGACGGGUCAUAGGGAAGGGCGGGAAAACGGUUAAUGAGCUGCAGAAUCUGAGCAGUGCUGAGGUCAUUGUGCCUCGGGACCAGACUCCAGACGAGAACGACGAGGUUUUCGUAAAAAUAAGUGGGCAUUUCUUCGCCAGCCAGACUGCACAGAGGAAGAUCAGGGAGAUCAUCCAGCAGGCCAAGCUGCAUGAGCAGAAACACCAGCUGGGUGCCUCAGGGUCACACCACUCCAAGUGACCACCAAGGCGGCCCUAGCGGCCAGGAGCUGAUGAAUGUAGCCCUUCCAGCCAGCAGGAGGAGCCGGGGGUCCUGCCAGGCAGACCAAACUGCAGAGAGGUCGGCGUGUGUGUACGGCAGAGCGGAGCAGCGGCCCUGGCGUCCUGACAGAGUGGGAAAAUACGAGCUGUGUGGGAAUUAAAGCUGAUCUAGGAUCAGAUUCUCGCGCUCAAGCAGUUAGGCUGACUCGGACAGGCAGGGGGCGCUGCAAGUGGUUGCUGUGGAAACCGCACAGAUGUAUAGAAGAAUGGCUGGUUGACUUAAGUGAUGCACAAGGAGGGGGCGGGGCUUAUGCUGUGGUCACACCCACGCUCUAAUGACUGGGCUUUGUUUCUGCUUAUAAAUUCUAUUUUGUUAGAGAACUUUUAUUUAUCAGAGCCAAACCAGCCUGAGAACACAACCAGAGCUCUGUAGAGGCAAAAACAGUUUAACACAGAAAAUAUUAAAAAUCAAAUCGAAUCUUUACCUCAGAAUCGUAUCCAGGUUGGACAUGUGUGUCGUUUUGCACCUGUUAUGAAUUAACAAUGCCACACGUUUCCAUUUAAUCAAAUACUCUCAGAAUCCAGACCCUUACAGAAAAACAAAACAUGAAUUUCACCUGUGAAUAAACAACACUUUGCACAUUUUCCGUUAUUUUUUCAUGUCAAAUGUGAUCACACAUUAUUCACACGUGUAAACAUCUGAUUUAGGCACAUUUCACAUGUGAAUUAUAUCAUCACUGUGGGAACAAAA